CCUCCCCCUCUCUUUGUCGCACCUACAGUCCGAGUAAAACCCUAGAAGUGCUGGGGAGACGAGAAAGGCGAGAAGAAGGCGACACUGGGGGCGGCGAGGGAGGGUGGCGCUCUAGGGCGUCGCAGCGGUCGGUUUGGUCGGCUGAAUCUGGAUCUGUGCAGGAAACCCUAGUGGUGCAGCCAUGAACGUACUUGACACUCUUGCAGUGCAGUUUUAUUUCAAGGGAAAUUUUGUUGUGCAAGGUAAAGAGAAGAGUUAUUGUGGUGGGAGGGAGGCAAUGUCUUACAUAGACCGAGAUAAAGUGUCCCUUCCUGAGUUAGUAGGACAUCUACGAGACCACUACGAAGUAAUGGAUGGCACGCUUCUUCACUGGUUGGUGCCUGGGGGAGAGCUAGAUGAUGGGCUUCGGGCAUUAGUAGACGACAAGGUGUGCAAUUUCAUGUCGGACUGCAUUUGUGAGGGAGGUGUAGCUGAGAUAUAUGCAGAGGAGCCAAUUCUGGUUGAUGUUUCAGAUUGUGAACCAGAUUUGCAAAGCAUACAUGAGCAGGAAGAACAUGGUGCUAUCCAAGGAUUGGAAGACAAUGUUGAGUCUGAGAAGAGGCUGGUUGUUUACAAACAGCAAGAAGAGAUGUUUAAUUUUGAGGCAGAAGAUGAUAGUGAUACAGACAGUGAUUACAUUCCUGGGGAUGAGUCUGAAUCAGAUGAAGGGGAAGAGGCUGAGAGCAUCAAAAAGCAGUACAAACAACUGAAGAAGAAGAUAAAGGCAGGGCAAGCAAACAUUCUGGAUGAUGUUGCUUUUGAGGGGUAUAAAACCAAUCCAGUCAUGCAGGAUGGUGCUGAAGAAGGUGGUAAUGAAGAAGGUGACUCUGAUGAGUCCAUAGAGGAGAUAGGCAGUGAUGGUGAGGUUACUACUAGAGCAAGCAAUUAUGCAAGGUUCAAGGAAGAUUCAACUGUUCCACAUUUUGAACUUGGGAUGAAGUUUAACUCCAAAGCUCAGUUCAGGGCAGCCAUUACAAGAUAUGCCUUGAGUGAAAGGAAGGUGAUCAACUUCAUCAAAAGUGAUCCAAAAAGAGUGAGGGCAAAAUAUGACUGGUCCAGCUGCCCUUGGGUAUGUUUGUUGUCAAAGACUUCAAGGUCUGACAGUUGGCAGAUAGCUACUCUGGACAACUGUCAUGCAUGCCCCCCCAGAAGAGAUAAUAAGCUUGUGACCUCAAGGAGGAUAGCUGAGAAGUAUGGCAAGUUUAUAUUUGCCAACCCUUCAUGGAACUUGGCACACAUGAAGGCUACAGUGCAAGAGGAGAUGUUUGCUGAUGCUUCAAUUGGGAAGCUAAAAAGAGCAAAGCAAUUAGUGAUGAAGGCAGCUUUAGAUGCAACUAAAGGGCAGUACCAAAAGUUGUAUAGUUAUCAGCUAGAGCUUCUUAGAAGUAAUCCAGGCAGCACAAUUGUUGUGAACAGAGAGGUGGGAAUGGAUCCACCUGUAUUCAAGAGAAUAUACAUAUGCUUAGGUGCACUGAAGAAAGGAUUCCUAGCAGGUUGCAGGAAAGUUAUAGGGCUUGAUGGUUGUUUCUUCAAGGGUGCAACUAAUGGAGAGUUGAUCUGUGCUCUAGGAAGGGAUGCAAAUAACCAAAUGUAUCCAAUUGCUUGGGCAGUAGUCCACAAAGAAAACAAUGAGGAAUGGGAUUGGUUCAUGGAUUUAUUGAGUAGUGAUUUGCAAGUUGGUGAUGGGGAAGGGUGGGUCUUCAUUUUAGACCAACAAAAGGGGAUUCUCAAUGCUGUUCAAAAAUGGGCUCCAAUGGCUGAACAUAGAAAUUGUGCUAGGCACAUCUAUGCCAACUGGAAGAAGCACUUCCAUGACAAAGAAUAACAAAAGAAGUUUUGGAGGUGUGCCAAAGCUUCUUGCACCAUGCUGUUCAAUUUGGCAAGGGCACAACUAGUGCUGGUCACUCAUGCAGGAGCACAAGCCAUCAUGAACACACAUCCCCAACAUUUGAGUAGAGCUUGGUUCAAGGUAGGUUCAAAUUGUGAUUCUGUAGAUAAUAACUUGUGUGAAUCAUUUAACAAGUGGAUCCUAGAGGCAAGAUUCUUCCCAAUUAUAACCAUGCUUGAGACAAUUAGAAGAAAAGUAAUGGUUAGGAUCAAGGACCAAAUAGCAAACUCCAAUAGAUGGAACACAGUUAUUUGCCCUGGUAUAUUAAAGAAGUUGAAUGUUUACAUUGCCGAGUUUGCAUUUUGUCAUGCAAUAUCAAAUGGGGCUGAGGCAUAUGAGGUGAAACAUCAUGAGCAUAGAUUUACAGUGCAGCUAGACAAAAAGGAAUGCUCAUGCAGGUAUUGGCAGCUAUCUGGAUUGCCUUGCCCUCAUGCUAUUGCUUGCAUAUUCUACAAGACUAGCCAACUUGAUGGUUACAUUGCUGACUGCUACUCAGUGGAAACAUUUAAGAAGAUUUAUGCACACUGCCUACAGCCACUAGAAGGGAUGAGCUCUUGGCCAGAGGAUGAUAGACAACCACUAAAUGCUCCUGGGUACAUCAAGAUGCCAGGAACGCCAAAGACAGAGAGGAGAAGAGAGGCUCAUGAACCUGCCAAAGCAACUAGGGCAAGCAAGAUUGGAACAAUCAUCAGAUGUAGGAAAUGCAAGUAGGCCACAACAGAUCUACUUGUGAUAAGCAUAAUGGUGAAGGUAGUACCACUUCAAGGCCUCAGCAAGUUCCAAACCCAGAUCAACAUAUAGUGCUAUGAAACACACCACAGAGCUCAACUCAAAGCAGGAAGAGGAAGUCAGUUGCAUCUGCCACCAUCAGUGCUGCAAGCAUGUCAAAGACAAAAAUUCCUAGCAACCAAAAGUUUAGUCAAGUGUCAGUCAAUUUUACAUUCAUAGCACAAUAAACCAUUUAUUCAUUUACCUAAUUCUGAAAUAUUGUAGGCACUCCAAGUUGUUAGGGUCAAUGCAACAACAAGAGUUGCAACACAUCAAGGUGGUUCUGCUACUGUCAAUUUGCAAGCCAUUGUACCAGGAUCCCAGGGAUCGACAAGUGCAUCAGUAUAGAUCAAGUCUGGGAAAGCUUCUGUUUCUGUAUCAGCUCAAGAACCAGGAAAUGGCAAGGGAAAGAAACCUACUCCUGGUCCACUGCUACUUAUACCUCCAUGGGAAUCUGCCAAACUGUGAUGCCAUUUGUUGAAGGCUGUGAUGCCAUCUGUUGCAAACUGUGUUGCCAUUUGCUAUGUUAUGUUAUGUGUAAUAUUCUAAGGCAUUGUAUUGCCAGACUUGAAGUUCCUGUGAUGUUUUGUAAGACUUAAUGCCAGACUUCUGUGUGAGUUGCCAGACUUCAUGUCAGGUUCUGAGGCAUUGUAUUGCCAGACCUGAAGUAUGUGUGCUGCUUUAUGGCCAGACUAUGGCUGAUUUAGUGAUGUAAUUGCCAGACUUAAAGGCAAGAUAUUAAGUGUUAUAUUCCAGACUUAUGGCAUAUUAUUAUGUGA